AUUUCUUUGCUUAUAUAUAAUCACAAAUUUUUGUUUUAUUUGUACAUUCAAAACGCACGUAUUCAUUUAUCGAUUUUAAAAGGCAAAGGAAAAUGAAAACUCAGAUUCGAUAUUUUGUUUGUUCGUGGAAUAUACGGAAUCAGGAAUUCUACGCAAUUUGAAAUUUGUGUGGCUGUUUUGGAAUUCAUGGGGUUCCGAAUGGUGGCUAGUUGAUGUCUUGACUGUUUCUUUUUUUCCUCAAUGGUUGAUAUGUGAGAGUGUUUGGUUUUUGUUGUUUCAGCUUUGGUUUGGAUUUUGAGGAAUUCCUCCAAAACACUGCGCUAGUUAAUAAUACUGCAUCGUUUCGUUGAAGGCAGGUAACAAUUCUAGGGUUGUCGUUGUCGUCGCUGCUGCUGCAAUAAUUGCGGGGUUUCCACCCUCACCAGGGGGAAAUUGGAGAGAUCAACUCGGGAGAAUUUGUUUUGUGGUGCAGGAGUGAGGCUAUAGCAAAUGAGUCUUUCACAAUGAGGUUGGGGAUUAGGUGGGAUUGCUGUCGAUGGGCACCCCUGACAAUAAAAUAUCUGAUUUUGUUGAUAUAGUGAAGUCCUGGAUUCCUAGGAGGAGUGAAUCAACGAAUGUGUCGAGGGACUUUUGGAUGCCCGAUCAUAGUUGUAGAGUAUGCUACGAGUGUGACUCGCAGUUCACUGUAUUUAAUCGUAGGCAUCACUGCAGACUUUGUGGUCGAGUUUUUUGUGCCAAGUGUACAGCAAGCUCAAUUCCUGCUCCAUCUGAUGACCCGAGGAAUGGUGGUGAAGAUUGGGAGAGGAUCAGGGUUUGUAACUAUUGCUUUAAGCAAUGGCAACACGGGACAGCAGCUCCUGACAACGGGACCAAUAUGGGUAGCCCUGUGCUCAGUCCAUCACCAUCUGCGACAAGCUUGGUCAGCACCAAGUCCAGCUGCACCUGUAAUAGUAGCGAUAGCACUGUUGGUUCAACACCGUACUCCACUGGUGCUUACCAGAGGGUGCCAUAUAGCUCUGCUCUCAGUCCUCAACAAUCAGCUCAAAUGGAUCCAACUGCAAUUGAACAAGAAAAUGCAACAUGCGGAAGGUCUACAGACACUACUGCAGCUGCAUUACAUUCAUCUGCGGACAAGUUAGGGUAUUGCAUGAACAGGAGUGAUGAUGAGGACGAUGUAUAUGGUCUUUAUCGUUCAGUUUCAGGAACCAAGCAUUUCUCUCAUGCUGAUGUCUACUAUGGGCCUGUCACUUUUGAUGAAAUUGAGCACAUGUAUGGACCACAUGAAAUGAUUAAUGGUGGAGAUCAAAUUGAUGCAACAGGAACAUGUAGCCUGCCGUCGCCAGAGAAUUUUUAUACACAGGGAGUGGACAAAAUUAAGAAUGAUGGGGAAGAAGCUUAUGGACAUGAGGAUGAUGAGUGUGAAUCUCCUGUAUAUGAUGUGGAUGCUGCUGAUGCUGAACCUGUUGAUUUUGAGAACAAUGGGCUACUCUGGCUUCCUCCAGAACCAGAAGAUGAGGAGGAUGAGAGAGAAGCUGUUUUAUUUGAUGAUGAUGAGGAUGACGAAGCUGCUACCGGGGAGUGGGGAUACUUACGCCCUUCAAACAGCUUUGGUAAUGGGGAGUAUCGUUGUAAGGAUAAAUCAAGUGAAGACCACAGAAAGGCCAUGAAGAAUGUGGUUGAAGGGCAUUUUAGAGCUUUGGUUGCACAGCUUUUGCAAGUUGAAAACCUAACUGUGGGUGAUGAAGAUGACAAAGAGAGUUGGUUGGAGAUCAUCACAUCUUUAUCCUGGGAAGCUGCAACACUUCUUAAGCCGGAUACGAGCAAAGGUGGAGGCAUGGAUCCUGGUGGAUAUGUGAAGGUUAAAUGCAUAGCUUGUGGGCAUCGCAGUGAGAGCAUGGUGGUUAAAGGAGUUGUUUGUAAGAAAAACGUUGCUCAUCGGCGAAUGAUGUCAAAAAUAGAUAAACCACGUUUUCUAAUCCUUGGAGGAGCUCUGGAGUAUCAGCGUGUUUCUAACCAUUUGUCAAGUGUUGAUACUCUGUUACAACAGGAAAUGGACCAUUUGAAGAUGGCAGUUACUAAAAUUGAUGCUCAUCACCCUAAUGUUCUCUUGGUGGAGAAGUCAGUUUCCAGAUAUGCUCAAGAAUACCUCCUUGCAAAGGACAUUUCACUUGUUCUAAAUAUUAAGAAGUCACUUUUAGAGCGAAUAGCCCGGUGUACUGGUGCACAUAUAGUCCCUUCAAUUGAUCACCUCAAUUCGCAGAAAUUGGGGUAUUGUGACUUGUUCCAUGUGGAGAAAUUUCUUGAGGAGCAUGGCAGUGCGGGGCAAGGUGGGAAGAAAUUAACCAAGACCCUGAUGUUCUUUGAGGGUUGCCCAAAGCCUUUAGGUUAUACUAUUUUGCUCAGGGGUGCCCAUGGAGAUGAGUUGAAGAAGGUGAAACAUGUGGUCCAAUAUGGAGUUUUUGCAGCAUAUCACUUGGCACUAGAGACAUCUUUUCUGGCUGAUGAAGGUGCUUCACUUCCACAGCUCCCUUUGACAUCUUCAAUAGCAGUUGCAUUGCCUGAUAAACCAUCAAGCAUUGACAGGUCCAUUUCCACCAUACCUGGUUUUAGUGUCCAGGGAACUGGAAAGCCUUCAGGUUUCGAACCUACAAAUGAAGUACAGAAAUCAAAUGCAGGGGUAAUCUCAGAAAUGGCCUCACCUACCAAUUUUGAGCCAGCGUGCAACUCAGGAGGUGCUGAUGAUUCUACUUGCCUGUCUAAAACUCCAUCUUCUGAGACUGAGUGCAGAAACACAGCAUCUAAGACAACUGAAAACACUGGUUUCUUGACUUUGUCUUCUUUAGGGCAUAAUAUCUUGGGCCCUUGCCAUAACAACCUCUCCUCAGAUGAUGUCUUUAGGAAGGAUGUUAAGAUGGAAGCUGCAAACUCCUGUCAAAGCAAGAAAACAAACACCGAGAAAGCUGGUUUUAAUGAUCCUUUGGUUCAUAGGUCUGUUGGAACCUCAAUGGAAUUGGAAGAAGGUGCCAAUAGUAGUCAUCCUGAUGGAAAAGAUUUGGCUGCAAAGCAAGUUGAUAACAGUCUUGAGGAGAUUGGAUCCUCAAAGGAGGAGUUUCCUCCUUCACCUUCGGACCAUCAGAGCAUCUUGGUGUCUUUAUCUACACGAUGUGUGUGGAAAGGAACUGUGUGUGAACGGGCCCAUCUUUUUCGAAUUAAAUACUAUGGGAGCUUUGAUAAGCCUCUGGGACGUUUUUUGCGAGAUCAUCUUUUUGAUCAGAACUAUCGCUGUUGUUCAUGUGAGAUGCCUUCAGAAGCACAUGUUUAUUGCUAUACUCAUCGGCAAGGCAGCCUAACAAUAUCUGUUAAGAAACUACCGGAGUUUCUUUUACCAGGGGAGCGUGAAGGAAAAAUCUGGAUGUGGCACAGGUGCCUGCGAUGUCCACGAAUCAACGGCUUUCCCCCAGCCACCCGUAGGGUUGUGAUGUCUGAUGCUGCCUGGGGUUUGUCUUUUGGGAAGUUUUUGGAACUUAGCUUUUCAAAUCAUGCAGCUGCAAGCAGGGUUGCAAGCUGUGGUCAUUCACUUCAAAGGGACUGUCUUAGAUUCUACGGAUUUGGGAGGAUGGUUGCUUGCUUUCGCUAUGCUUCAAUUCAUGUUUAUUCUGUUAGUCUUCCUCCAUCGAAAAUUAAAUUUAACUAUGAUGAUCAGGAAUGGAUUCAAAAUGAAGCAAAUGAGGUACACCAAAGGGCAGAACUCCUAUUUAAAGAAGUGCAAAAUGCUCUUCAGAGGAUCUCAGAGAAAAUAUUAGGUGCAGGGUCUCAGAAUGGUGACUUGAAAGCAUCUGAAUUAUCAAGACUUCGUAUUGCGGAACUUGAAGGGAUGCUACAGAAGGAGAAAGAACAAUUUGAGGAUUCUUUUUGGGAUGUGUUGUCUAAAGACAUGAAAAAUGGCCAACCUGUGGUUGAUAUUCUGGAUAUCAAUAAAUUACAGAGGCAGAUACUUUUCCAUUCUUAUGUUUGGGACCAACUUCUGAUUAAUGCGGGCAGUUUAAGGAAUAUCAGUCCCCAGGAAAGUCCAAAGAGUUUUGUUCCUAAAGUCAAGGAGAAAAGCGUAAAUUCUGUUGAGGACCUUGUUGAGAUGGAUAUACCUCUUAAGCCUAAUAAGGAUACAAAGUCAGAAGUACAUCCUAUUCGGGGAGGAAAUGAUAGCAAUAACAGCCAGCUGGUCAGAGUGCAUGAAACAAAGAACUUGGUUGUGGACCUGAAUCUGAGGAAAGAGGCUGAGCGUUCUCUUUCUUCUAGUGCAAAUAUCAAUGAGAAAAAUGACCCUCAUGAAUCUGGAAAAGUUGUGCGAAGAGCCUUUUCGGAGGGAGAGUUUCCUGUUAUGGAUAAUUUAUCUGACACUCUUGAUGCAGCAUGGACUGGAAAAAAUCAUCUGGUAAACAUGGUACGUAAAGAAAAUGUCCUCUCUUCUCCUGAUCCAACUGCAUUAAACACAGUUCAUGCAAAUUCAGGUCUGGAAAACUGUGUGGCUGAUAAAGGUGGAAUUGAGAAAGCUCAUCUUCCUGGAUCUGCUUUAACCGCAAAGACCAAAAAAGUAGAAAAUUCAAGUCUGGCGGGCAUGUCAUUUCCUAAUAUCCAUAGCUCAUUCAAAUGGACUUCUUCAUUGAAUGUUCAAAAACUUAAUAUUAGCGAGCACAAUCCCGUCUAUGUUUUACUUUUCAGGGAGUUGGAACGACAGAGUGGUGCUAGGUUGCUUCUGCCUGUCAGUAUUAAUGACACUAUUAUUCCUGUUUAUGAUGAUGAACCCACAAGCAUUAUAGCAUAUGCACUUUAUUCAUCAGAUUAUCGCCAACUGAUGUCUGAAUGUGAGAAACCAAGAGAUAUUGGAGAUUCCACGAGUUCUUCAUUGCCACUUUUUGAUUCUGUGAAUUUACUAUCAUUCAACUCUUUUGAUGAAUCGGCUUCUGAUAUUUACAGAAGUCUUGGGUCUAUAGAAGAAAGCAUCUUGUCUAUACCUGGGUCCCGAGGCUCUCAGGUUUUAGAUCCUCUGCUGUAUACUAAGGAUUUACAUGCCAGAGUUUCUUUUACAGAUGAUAGUCUCCAAGGUAAAGUGAAGUAUGUGGUGACUUGUUAUUAUGCAAAGCGGUUUGAGGCAUUGAGGAAAAUUUCUUGCCCUUCUGAGCUAGAUUUCAUACGAUCUCUUAGUCGCUGCAAGAAGUGGGGGGCCCAGGGCGGCAAGAGCAAUGUUUUCUUUGCAAAGACUUUGGAUGAUCGAUUUAUUAUCAAGCAGGUUACUAAGACGGAGCUGGAAUCAUUCAUUAAAUUUGGACCAGCAUACUUCAAGUAUUUAUCUGAUUCAAUCAGUACUGGCAGUCCAACUUGCCUGGCAAAGAUACUCGGUAUUUAUCAGGUUUCAUCAAAGCACCUCAAAGGAGGGAAAGAAUCAAAAAUGGAUGUUUUGGUAAUGGAGAAUCUUCUGUUCAGGCGAAAUGUUGUACGGCUUUAUGACCUGAAAGGAUCUUCUCGAUCGCGAUAUAAUGCAGAUACAAGUGGGAGCAAUAAAGUUCUGUUGGACCAGAAUUUGAUUGAAACAAUGCCCACUUCUCCAAUUUUUGUAGGAAACAAGGCAAAGCGGCUGCUAGAAAGGGCUGUCUGGAACGAUACUUCAUUUCUUGCUUCAGUUGACGUAAUGGAUUACUCACUGUUGGUUGGCGUGGACGAAAAAAGGCAUGAGCUAGUUGUAGGAAUAAUUGAUUUUAUGAGGCAGUAUACAUGGGACAAGCACCUUGAGACGUGGGUGAAGGCCUCAGGUAUCCUUGGCGGAUCUAAGAACACAACUCCAACUGUGAUCUCACCCCAGCAGUACAAGAAACGAUUCAGGAAAGCUAUGACUGCAUAUUUUCUUAUGGUGCCAGAUCAGUGGUCUCCUCCUACAAUCAUCCCCAAUGGGUCCCAAUCAGAUCUUUGUGAGGAAAACUUGCAAGGUGGAGCCUCUGUUGAUUGACACUUCAAAACCUUUUGCUUGUACAUGUCAAGACGUAAGUUCAAUUUCAAUUUCCCUCCCCUUUUCUGCUCUUCCACCCAUUUUUCCCCCUCCCCUGUUGUAAUUUUUGGCAGGCUACGCAUUAUAUCAGCUUGAUAUAUAAUGUUAUUUUUAUUUCCCCUUCAUAAGCAGGAAAAGGCUCUUACGGUGCCUUUAGUUUUUCAAGGACGUAUUCUCAAUGACCACUUUUUUUUUCCCUUUA